AUUAUGGGCAACUGGUUUGGACACGGCACGCACGGAGCGGUGCUUGGUUUAUGGUCGUCAUGUGCGUCUGUCGGUAACAUAUUAGGUACAAUGAUAGCUUCUCAUGCAUUACUUUAUGGCUAUGAGGUUUUUUUUACAAUUUAUGAUUUAUGCCUUCGGGUUCAAUGCUUUAUUAUUGUUACUUGGCAGUUUUGUCGUGCUCCUAUUUCUGCAUUCAUCCCCACGUUUCAACUCUUAACGGGGUUGGUGGAGCGUCCAAAGCCAGUUGGUUUCUUUCGUGCUUGGUUAUUACCAGGCGUAUUAUCGUAUUCGUUGGCUUACGCUUGUUUAAAGAUGGUUAAUUAUUCGUUCUUCUUCUGGUUACCGUUCUAUCUACACAAUAAUUUUCACUGGGAAGAAGCGGUUGCUGAUGCUCUAUCGGUUUGGUAUGACUGGGGUGGUAUAUUAGCAGCAGUUCUCGCAGGAGUUUUAUCUGACAAAUGUAGAUCUCGGACACCAAUUGUUGUAGCUAUGUUGGCAAUAUCAAUGGGUGCGCUGUUUGCAUACGCUAAGUCGCCUAAAGAUAUCGUCAUCAAUUCCCUGCUAAUGGCAGUAACAGGCUUUUUUAUUGGUGGUCCGGCAAACCUCGUUUCUGCUGCAAUAUCUGCUGACUUAGGAAAGGCUGAAGAAAUACGGGGUUCAGCCGAGGCAUUGAGCACAGUGACCGGUAUCGUUGAUGGUACCGGAAGUAUAGGUGCUAGCGUUGGUCAGAUACUGUUACCAGUAAUUCAGAAUUCAGCUGGUUGGAGCUCUGUAUUUUACAUGUUUAUUUUAAUGAUUUUUUUAACUGUGAUUUGUUUGCUGCCGCUAAUGUUCAAGGAAAUAAGAAGCCGCAGAAGAAUUCAUUAUGAAGCUUUACCUGAGGAUGACAACUAUGUGCAAACUUCAGUUGCUUCCGAUUCCGAACCUGAGCUUGACUCAGAUCAGUCAAUCAGGUCUUUGCCAUAA